AUGGCACCGACCGAAGCUAAGUUCCCUGUAAUCCUCCCCAAUCAACACCUAAUUACCUUUUUAAAUGUAGACUGGUUCCGUCGUCGCUACCGCCACGCCAACCGAGAGACCAUCUUCAACGAAAUUAGCCAACGUUUUGAAAUCCCGAAGCUGAGACGUCUGUUGGACAAAGUUGUGAGCAAAUGUACAUGGUGUCGCAUCCUGAAGGCUUCACCGAUACCACAUGCCAUGGCCCCGCUUCGUGAGAUGCGCUUGAAGGCUUUCGUUCAACCCUUCACAUUUACUGGGGUGGAUUACUUCGGUCCGGUGCUGGUUAAGGUAGGCAGAAGCAAUGCCAAGCGAUGGGUGGCCCUCUUCAACUGUCUCACCAGCAGAGCUACACACUUGGAGGUGGUACAUUCAUUGAGCACAGAAUCGUGCAUCAUGGCGGUCCAUAGUUUUGUAUCGCGCCGCGGUAUUCCGAAGGAGUUCUGGUCAGAUAAUGCGACUUGCUUCCAAGGCACGAGCAACGAGUUAAAGGCACACACCGAAGCAAACAAGACGCUAGUCGCGAAAUUCACCACGGUGCAGACUACGUGGAAGUUCAUCCCACCAGCAACACCACGCAUGGGCGGUGUGUGGAAAAGGCUUGUUCGCUCUGUUAAGGUAGCGACUGAGGCAGUGCUGAACGGUCCUCGUCGGCCAGACGAUGAGACACUCGAAAAGAUCCUACUUGAAGCGGAAUCAAUGAUAAACUCCAGGCCACUCACUUACAUCCCUCUAGAACAUGCAGAUCAAGAAUCGCUGACGCCUAACCAUUUUUUGUUGGGAAACUCAUCCGGCAGCAAAUUCCUCCCAACGAAGGCGGUGGACUAUCGUAUGGCCCUUAGAAGCAGUUGGAAAUUAGCCAGAUUCAUCACCGAAGAGUUCUGGCGCAGGUGGCCGAAGGAAUACCUUCCAGCUAUCACACGCAGAUGCAAAUAG